AAUGGAAGCCUAUUUCAGCCGAUCUGAUUGGAUCAGACUUUCAGGGCUUUUGAAAGGACCAUCUAAAUGUUUCACCAUCCGCUGCUGGGAGAACGUACACAGUCUCUCUCAACCCCCCAGAAGAUGAACCCAACCCUGGCUUUGCUGCUGCUCUGCCAGCUUGCCUUGUAUACGUCAGUGACAUCCAAGAAAGGUACAGUGCAAAUUAUUUGAUUAAUGCUAUAUUUUUCAAUUACAGAAUAUAUAUUACAGUGUUGGUUCACAAGACUCUGUAACCUAUGCUUUAGCUGUAUUUCAUAUAUUUGUUUUUAUAUAAUAUACAGGGUAACAUUGUUUGUCUAUCAUUCCCAUUUAUCCUCAGUAUGUGGCCGCCCGCCCGUGACCGACGGUAUAGAUACGCUGGGCCUAAAGCGUGUGUAUGAGAUUGGAGAAGAGGUGACCCUGGCGUGUGAGCGUGGAUACAUACCUGGGAAAGCCAGAACAGCCAGGAUCACCUGCUCUGCCUCGGGAGAGUGGACCAAACUGGACCUUGUGUGUUCUCGUAAGUUCCACCCCAUUCACAAAACAUCCAAUAUAUAAUGUAAAGCAUAAGUCCACCUAUGGUCACAAAAAUUCAGGUAAAUUAUUGGAUUUUCCAGAAAUCCUGGUUGGAGGAUUCCAGAUUUCCUGCUUAUUAGCCCCUGAUUCAAGGAAUCUUCCAACUGGGAUUUCUGGAAAACCUGGGAAUUUUGGGAACAUUUCUGAGAAUUUUAGAACCCUAAAGUCACCUAUACAGUACCAUGGACAGUCCAUACUAUUUAUUUUAAUUGUAUUUUUACAACAUAUCCACAUGAAUCUUAUACAUUUUUGACACAGCAAAGAUGUGCCCUCUCCCCAAGCCUAUGCAAAAGCCAGGGAUGAUUGACGUGCCAUUCAAGAGUGUACUCAACUACACCUGUGAUGACGGGUGAGGGAAAUACAGUGUGUUUUAGUUCUGACUACAUUUUGACUAUGCAUCUCAGACCAAUAAGAAUUUGUGUUCUUCAGGUACGUCAUGAUAGGAGCCAAUGAGAGCGUGUGUUUACACGACGGUACCCUCAGUGCACCACCACCAAUGUGUAAAGGUAUAUCUCUUUACCAUACCUCAGGAAUGUAACCUUGCUUUUCUCCAUUGUGCCUAAAUAUGAAAAUAUAGUGUCUCAAUUAUUUUUAAUAUUUCUUCCCUCCAGCUGUGAGUUGUGCUCUGCCUCAAGCACCUAAGCAUGGUAAAAUUGUCUAUGACAAGAAGUUCACCGGCAGUGAAACCCGGUACGGACAGAGUUGGACAUAUGAGUGUUUGCCGCCAAGAGCUCCCAUUGGCAACGAGAGAGGAUCGUGCCUGGCCAGUGGAAACGUGACUGAGCCACCAGUAUGCGAGGGUAGGUGCAGACAGUGGCAGCACAAGCAAAAAUGGUCUGUUCCAUCAUGAACAAAGCUCAUUGGUUGAGAAAUUGUUUCUGGUUGAACCACUGAUUAAUUAUCAAUUAUCUUUUGGGGCACAUUAUUACAUGCACUACCAGUCAAAGGUUUGGACACACCUACUCAUUCAAGUUAUUUAUUUAUUUUUACUAUUUUUUUACAUUGUAGAAUAAUAGUGAAGACAUCAAAACUAUGAAAUAACACAUAUGGAAUCACGUAGCAACCAAAAAAGUGUUAAACAAAUCAAUUGAGAUUCUUCAAAGUAGCCACUCUUUGCCUUGAUGACAGCUUUGCGCACUCUUGGCAUUCUCUCAACCAGCUUCACCUGGAAUGCUUUUCCAAAAGUCUUGAAGGAGUUCCCACAUAUGCUGAGCACUUCUUGGCUGAUUUUCCUUCACUCUACGGUCUACCUCAUCCCGAACCAUCUCAAUUGGGUUGAGGUCAGGGGAUUGUGGAGGCCAGGUCAUCUGAUGCAGCACCCCAUCACUCUCCUUCUUGGUAAAAUAGCCCUUACGCAGCCUGGAGGUGUGUUGGGUCAUUGUCCUGUUGAAAAACAAAUGAUAGUCCCACUAAAACCAGAUAUAUUUUGAUUUGUUUAACACUUUUUUGGUUGCUACGUGAUUCCAUAGGUGUUAUUUCAUAGUUUUGAUGUCUUCACUAUUAUUCUACAAUGUAAAAAAUAAAUACAAAUAAAAUAAAAUGGGGGGGCCCCUAGCGGUAUGGGAACUGCUUAUGCCUGGAGCCGGCCCUGAUGAUGAUUCUCUAAAAUGGUUAUCGCUAACUGCUCAUCCACUCCAAGCGAUGAUAAUUGAUCAAUUUGCAUAAUCCUGUCUUCCUCUGUUUACACCUUAACAAUUAUUUCAAUAAUGUAGACUAACCCUGACAAUAUUACUUGAAAUAGGUUAUUGCAUUGUUAAUACACUUUCACUAGCCCAUUACUUUUCUGACCUGUUGCAGAGGUGAGUUGCUCCAUCCCACCAACGAUAGACCACGGCUUCAUCACCUUUGCUGUGAUGAGGGAGGCUGGCUACAAGGAGAAGGUCAAGUACCAGUGCCAGGAACACUACGUUCUGGACGGCUCUGAGGAAAUACAGUGUCAGAAUACAGGCAACUGGUCCACUUUGCCCGUUUGUAGAGGUGAGUCAGUGUAGGGUGAAGUUGCCCCUAGACGCUGAUCUUCGGUCAGUUUUAUAUUUCCCCCACUAAUGGUUAAGGUUAGGAUUGAGGGAGGGGAAGCUGACCCUAGAUCUGUACAUCAGAGGAGGCUGGUUGGAGGAGCUAUAGGAGGACGGGCUAAUUGUAAUGGCUGGAAUGGAAUAUAUGGAACGGUAUCAAACACAUAAAAAAAUAUGGAAAGCACAAGUUUGACUCUGUUCCAUUUAUUCCAUUCCAGCAAUUACAAUUAGCCCGUCCUCCUAUAGCUCCUCCCACCAGCCUCCUCUGCUGUACAUAGGGGAAACUUCACACCUGAGCCAUUGAGUCAUAGAAAAGGUUGCACUGUUUUUACACUUGUGGGAAUGUCACUUGUGUGUUUCUGUAUAUCGAACCAGCUUGUUGACUUACAUGUGAUUAGAUGUGUAUCAGCAACCAUUUAUUUAAUCUUCGAUGACUGAAAUGAUUGCGUAAUGAGAGCAUUCUGCCAUUGUGACUUUGAGCAAGGCACUGUAUUCCCAAAACGUCUCCUUGUGGGGGCACUGCUGUGUGGCUGACCAACCUAUUAUAUGUGUGGUGUACGUGGUGUGGUGUGUUGGGUACUGAUACAGAAGAAAAUGAAGAAUUUCCAUGAUUUAUUCCAUUUAAUUAUAUUCCUAUUCAAUUCUAAACUGAAAGUAAUGUUGCUUUGCUUGUCUUCACGUUACUGCAGCCCCCUGUAAAGUUAACAUCAACAGAGGUCGCAUCUUCUACAACGCCAAGAAGAUCUGGAUUGGGGAUUUGAAACCCAAUAGAGUCCUUCACGGGGAGCCUGUUGUGUUCUACUGUCUGAACAAGGAGCUGAAGUGUGGCAUUCCAGUAGCAAGUCAAUGCAACGACGGCACACUCAAUACCCCAGAAUGCUUUAAAGGUGAGGCAGGUCGUACCAAAAUAACAUGGUCACGUUCAUUAUGGCAUGCAUGUUUUAAAACAUUUUACUACCACGUAAAUCGAAAAUGAGUGUUUCUUAUUGGACAAGUGUUGGCAGUCUCCAUGUUUCAGUCCAUUUUCUUCUGUUUUGGUGACAAAUGAACACGACACAGAGUAAAAUGUGUUGUGGUCGCUGCCAUCACAUUUUCAAAGCUUCCCAAAUGCUGUUUAGUUGAGUCCUUCAUAUUCUCACAACUAAAAUUCAAAAUGUGUUUGUGUGUCUGUCUUUCUCUUAGAACCAGGCAAGAUGGAGUACACCCUCAAGCCCAAAUCACUUCCAUCUGAGAUUGCGAUGUGUCCUGCUGACCUAACAAAAUAAACACAAUACGAAGAGGAAAGAUUGGGCAAAUAAAUUACAAAUAAAUGUGACUUUGUGUCCAAAUAAUCCAGCCUUGCUUUUGUUAAUAACCUGUUGAUUGUUUCCAUAACUUGAAUGAGCCUGAAUUUGAUUGCCUGUAAAGUAUAGUACAUGUUAC